CCGGCGGGCGGGCGGCGGAGGCAUCCUCGGAUCCCGGCGCGCGGCGCGGAGGGGGCGUGCAACCGGGGACCAGCCCCGAGGCGCAGGAUGGAGGAGGAGAUGCAGCCGGCGGAGGAGGGGCCCAGCGUCCCCAAAAUCUACAAGCAGCGCGGCCCCUACAGCGUCCUCAAGACGUUCCCCAGCAAGAGACCGGCGCUGGCCAAGCGCUACGAGCGACCCACCCUAGUGGAGCUCCCGCACGUGCGGCCGCCCCCGCCGCCCUUCGCGCCGCACGCCGCCGGCUCCAUCAGCAGCAGCGAGCCGCCGCCGCCACCGCCGCAGCAGUUCCAGGCGCAGAGCUCUUACCCCCCCGGGCCCGGCCGGGCCGCCGCUGCCGCCUCGUCGUCGUCUCCGUCUUGCACGCCCGCCGCGUCCCAGGGCCACCUGAGGACUUCAGCGCCGCCGCCGCCGGCGGCCCCCGCCGCCUCAUCUUCCUCUUCUUUCGCCGCCGUCGUCAGGUACGGCUCGGGCCCGGCGGCCGCCGCGGGCAGCAGCAGCGCGGGCGGCGACGGCGCCAGCCUGGAGCUCAGCGCAGAGAGUCGUAUGAUCUUGGACGCCUUUGCUCAGCAGUGCAGCCGAGUCCUUAGCCUCUUAAAUUGUGGAGGAAAACUUCUGGACUCCAGCCACGCUCAAUCCAUGAUUUCUUGCGUAAAGCAGGAAGGCUCAAGUUACACCGAAAGACAGGAGCAGUGUCCCGUUGGCAAAGCGGUCCACAGUCAGACCUCAGACAGUGUAGACAUAGAGAUGCAAUAUAUGCAAAGGAAACAACAAACUUCUGCCUUCUUGAGGGUGUUCACUGACUCCCUACAAAACUACCUGCUCUCGGGGAGCUUUGCGACCCCAAACACCUCCUCGGUCAGUGAGUAUGGCCACCUGGCAGAUGUGGAUCCUCUGUCAACGUCGCCCGUGCACACACUAGGUGGCUGGACCUCCCCAGCGACGUCCGAAUCGCACGGUCACCCGUCCUCUUCCACGCUGCCCGAGGAGGAAGAGGAGGAGGAAGAAGAGGGCUACUGUCCUCGAUGCCAGGAGCUGGAGCAGGAAGUGAUUUCACUGCAGCAAGAAAAUGAAGAGCUCAGAAGAAAGUUAGAGAGCAUCCCAGUGCCCUGCCAGACCGUUUUAGAUUACCUGAAGACGGUGCUGCAGCAUCACAAUCAGCUUAUGAUCCCACAGCCAGCCGACCAGCCGACUGAGGGAAGCAAGCAGCUGUUGAACAACUAUCCUGUCUACAUAACGAGCAAACAGUGGGACGAGGCUGUAAAUUCUUCAAAGAAAGACGGGCGGCGGCUCCUCCGAUACCUCAUCAGAUUUGUUUUCACAACCGAUGAGCUUAAGUACUCAUGCGGCCUUGGGAAAAGGAAAAGGUCAGUGCAGUCAGGAGAGACAGGUCCUGAAAGACGCCCUCUGGAUCCAGUUAAAGUAACAUGCCUCCGAGAAUUCAUUAGGAUGCACUGUACCUCCAACCCCGACUGGUGGAUGCCCUCGGAGGAACAGAUAAACAAAGUGUUCAGCGACGCUGUGGGGCACGCCCGGCAGGGGCGGGCAGUGGGGACCUUCCUGCACAACGGUGGCUCCUUUUAUGAAGGGAUCGAUCACCAGGCUUCCCAGGAUGAAGUCUUCAAUAAAAACUCCCAGGAUGGUUCUGGUGAUUAGUGGACAGAAUCUUUCCACCCUAGCAGCCAGUCCUCUCAGCGGUUCCAGUUGUGAAUGUCUUGUUCCCAUCACGUUAGACUCCAAAGCAUGUCAUUCCGUCAGACGUUAUACAUCCUAAACCUUCACUCUCUUGACCCACUGCCACAGUUCCCAGUACAAAUCCAUUUUAGGCUGGUUCGGGAAGUCUGCGGAGCCUGCAAACGUUUUCAGACUAUAUCAUAAAAAGAAAAAAACUAGAGUUGUUUUUAAAGGAUUACUAGUUAGACUGUCUAGUGAGGGAGAAAAAAGAUAGAUUAGCUUCUUGUCACUGGUCUGAAAUUUUCAAGUAAGCUCUGCUUCCUGAGCAGAGCCGGUCCCCAUGGAGAUUGGGUUUAGAGUUCCUGCCCGUGGGAGAAGGUAGAGGCCUGGAACAAGCAUUCUCUUAUUUUAAUUCAAGUCGGUUGUCUUUAUGUUUUCCAAAGACUUGAAUUUAUACUUCUCAGCAAAGACGUAGGCUAGGCGACCUUGUGUCAUGUCUACGUUGACAGAGCCCUGUUUCAUUGAAAAGAAGCCAGAGAACAGAGGCCACCUCUAGACCAUGAUUAGUUGGAAGUCAGCUGUUUUUCCCAGUUACAUUUACCAAAAACAAAAAAACAAACAAACAAAAAAAGGCACUCUAUGGAGCUGACAACAGUGGUAGUUUUCACUGUGUCAGUCAAGAAACAUCCAGAGAUCCAAAGGUAAUUUCAAAUGCUUGAUUUUGUAGAUUCAUAGAUCCGCAGGCUUAAGUCAGGCUUUGUUGACACGAUGCCAGGGUGAUGGGUUGAACAGUGAGAACUUCCGUCAGUUAGUGGUUUGGUUCACUGAGGAUCAAACAAGUGGUGUGACUGCUGGUAUUCCCUGAGCUGACCCGAUGGUUUGGAGUUGUAUACGCCCAGCCUCGAGGCCAUGCUCACAACUGUGCUGCAGCUCGUCUGCCAUUUCUCUGAUACUUGAGGGUCUUUUUUGUGCCGAGUUGAUCUUUAGAAUUUGCAUACAUCUUGUUUCUCGUUGUUGCCAAUGGAAAUGUUUUAUCCCAGUGGUUGUGUGCUCCUUCCGCCAGGAUGCCCCCAAACUUUCUCCUCUGGCGAAUCCGCACCUACCAUUCCCAGCCACCCUCCCAGCUCAUGUGAAGUCAGUAGUAAUGUCUUUGGGACCAUUCCUUACCAACGAAUGCUCUAGAGACGCUAGACUCUUUCUGAGGGCCUCAGGUCGGGUGGGAGGGGAGGCGUCCUCUCCCCCCCAACCCAGAAAUUGCAGCUUCACAGAGCAGAGGGCCACAUGGGCAACAUCUAGUGAAGGCUACUGAUGUCAUCUAAAAACAGGACAAGGGUUUUGAAUUUGGGUUAGAAAUUCCUCUAAAUUUUAUCCGCAUCCAUCCAUAAAGAGGUGUAUUUUCAUUUUUUGCCUGCUUUUCACAAAGUAAAAUAAAUUACCCGUCAUAUGCGAUAAUUAGCACCAUCUCUGCACACGACCCUGGGGACAGGUCCUUCUCUAGCUUUUGUUAUCAUUAUUUCACCCACUGAAAAGUCUGUUUAUAGAGAUGGCCAUUUGUCAGAUCUGAUGUGGGAGAACUCAUAUUUCAAUCCUGCUUUGGGGCAAGUUAGGUAAAAUUUGCAAGUAACAGAAAUGAUAAGGGCAGGUGAGAUGGUGCAUAUGGGAUCCAUAAGACUAAUGUACUUUGGCUAUCCAAGGAAGAAAGAUACUCCCUGAGGAGUUUUCAAGGACUAGGAAGUCAGUAUCUUAGAAGAAUCUGAUGAUGUGAAAUCUCGGCCAGAAAAAAAAAUAUCACCAUAUCCCCCUCCGCCCUUCCAUCUCACUUUUUCUUUCUUUGCAUUGGAAUUUAGUCAUCCUUACUGCUGAGUACAAUGUCCUUUUUUUUUUUUUCUUUUUUUUUUUCUGUAGCAGCAGUAUUGGAUCACUGCCUUAAAAAAAAUAACUUCCAAUUCUUGCAAUCUCUUCAAGCUUGAGGAUUCCACACAUCUUACGUGUCUUCACUUCUACCAGCCAUGGUGGGCCAAUGCCAGCCUUGACUGAGGGUGGUGAUGGCAGCAUUUCUGCCCUCACUCUGUGUAACCAUGCAGGCUGGGGUGCUUACAGGUGAAGUGCUUUCACCACUCUUGUUAUCAUCCCCUGACAAGGCUCCUGAGUAGGGAGGCUCUCUCAAGCUAUGGGAAUUAUUUCUCUACCAGCUGUUUUCCAGUACUUCACCAAUUCAAAGGCAUCAGAGCUGCACACUGGUCUUCUCUUACGCACCUGAGCCAUCAAGGUCCAGAAGGAUGACUGCGUCCGCAGCCUUGCACAGCCAGUUCUGACACCUCUCCCGGGUCUGGGCCCUCUGAUUCCCCUGCCCCCAAGCAGACGUCCCAUCACACUCUCCAUCGUUGGUGUCGCUGCGUGUUCCUUAGCCCAGCCCGUUGCCUGACCUGGGCACUAACAGCCACAGCAUCUGCUUGGCUCCUUCGCUGUCUCUCUGCUCCUUAGUCCCUGUCUCAUGCUGCCAUUUACCUGGUUCAUGGUGAUUGCCUGCUCAGUCACCUCGUUUUUAAAUCAGGACUUGCAGAGGUUGUUUACUUCUUAUUUUUGGUGAAACCAUUGCGGCUUCUGUAGCAGGGUUAAUACUCACCACUGAGAACGUUGUCUCUUGUCACUGCUCUGUCCGCCUUCCGCUGAUGGCUUUGGAGACCUGAAGAGGUUGUGUAUUUUCUCGAUUAGAUUUUCCUACGUCUUUGGCAGCUGGACAAAUGGCUCCUAUGACGAGACUCUGACACACAUGUCAGCUUUUACAUCUUCCUUGAGUGGCUUCGGCACUGGUGUGAGAUUGACCUUAGAUAGCUUGGGAUGCAGCUAUGCUCUGCCUCGUCAGUGAGAGAACAGGGCAUAGUGCUGGCCUGACACCACUGCCCAGAUCUGGUAUCUUUGUCUGAAACGAGGGGUGGCCCAUAAACCCAGCCAUCACACGGGAGUCCCUCCCUACCCACUGUGACAGUGUCUUGCUGUAUCCUGAGUUUUCACACAGUAACAUCACGUCACCAGGGGGGUGCCCACUUCCCCGGGGAGCUGCCUGCAGUCCGCUGGGCCCAGGAUGACCUCUUGGAUCUGUUGGGAGGUCGUGGCCAGGCACCUGUGGAGGGGUCAUAUUCGGCCAGCCCUUACUAGAGGCACAUGGCUCCCAGUUUCAUUUGAAGGUCCACCUUCACAGUCUCAUGGGUUAACCUCAGUGUUAAAUGCUCUGGAGAAAAACCAUUCCUUGAAAAUAUCCAGCCCUUGAACCCAGGCAUCAUCCUCUUGGUGUUUCCGUUUCCGCCACAGCGUUCAGCUUCCUGUCACCCUUUGUGUUUCAUGAAGCUUCGUUAGGAAUGGAGAGGAUAAUAUUAGAGCAUUUGCAGGAAAUCAUCCCUUUGGUAGGGCACUGAGAGAUACACUGUACAUGUGACUACUUGUCAGCUGUGGAGCAAGUGGGUGAUUUUAUAUUCUGGAUCUUUCAUAGCCCUUCAUCAGUCAUAAACACAUUGACCUGAGAGAUCCCUUCCUCAAGAUUAUAGGGGAUAUAAAUUACUCGAUACAUUGUUUGAUCCAACUCCUCCAUGUGUCAGAUACUGAUAGACUGCUCUGCUGAGUUCUGUGAAUUAUUCUUGCAGGAUCAGAUGUUAUCCCAAAGUCUAGAUAAAAGUACAAACUUGGGAGUGUAAGGUUCAUGAUUUCUGCAUCUUCCUGCCCCUGUAAAGGCUAGUCCUCCGUUUUGGGGCUGUCCCAAAAUGGAUGGAGUGCACCCAGUAGGGUGAAGCAUGCACGCUUUGCAGAAAAGCAAGCGUAUGCUGAUUGCUCUCAUUGGAAUCCUGUCAUCCCAUAUGUGCUCUAGAACCUAAACCUCACACCCAUUGACUGCCUCCUCAUUUUUCAAUCAUAUUAAAAAAUCUUAUUCUCAGCUACCUUCGUUUUUUAGAAAAGAUUAAAACGUAGAACUUUCCUCAUUCAGUGCUGUGUCAUUUCACAGUGCAGACACUUGUAAUUUUUGACAGCUCUUAUAUACCAGUUUUUAGAAAUGUGCUCGAGAGUGAUUUUGCACAUAUGGUGCGAGUCUUGCCGGUGUGUGUUUAAUGUGGUGACACUUGCCAAAACUGCUUGGCUAAACAUGUCAAAUAGGAUGCUUGAGUCAGAACUCUCGUGUAAAUGUGUCUAAACAGCAGUAUGUAUCAUUAUGAGAUAUUUUUGUAAACAUAGUGAUGGCUUCUUUCAGUCGUGUAAGUACUGGAUAAAAAUAACUACUUCGCCUGGAAUAAUGUAGGAAAAUGUCACCCAGUCGAUGGCUCUCUGCAGUUACUUGCAUUAUCAGCCUUGGUUCUUCUAGUUGUGUUGUUUUAGAGGAAAGUGUUGACAUCAGACGACACGGAGUGCAAAGAGAGUAACCCACCGAUACUUGCUUCCUAAUAAAAAUUCAAAACCAUAGCAGAUAUAAUUUACACAUCAGAGCCUGCUUUUACCCUCCACGGUAUAUGCAAUUGCAGGAAAUAUGGAGCGGUCUGGAUGUCACUUGUCUAAUGACCAGCUCAGUCAGUUUGGCUACUGAAAGCACUUAAUUCCCAAAUCUUUAUGGUUAAUUGAUCUUCCUCGUGACCAUCCAUAGCUGGCUAAUAGAAGGGCUAGGUUUUCCUUGAGUCACAAUUGCCCAUGUUACAACGAAAAUGCAUCUUCUGAGACGACUUACUCAGAAGGCUGUCUGUUCUCAGAAUAAUUGCCCCCACACCAGUUGCCCAGUGGGUCCUGGCCGCAUUGGAAAAUACUUCAGCUCAUUUGAAACCAAUAACAAUAACAGUAGCUAGAGCUUAUGUUCAUCAGGCCCUUCGGUGCCGGGUACGUUGCUAAGCACUUUAAUGCAUCCUCUGAUUUUAAUCGUCAUAGCCACUCUCUAGGCUGUUGUUAAGCUCCCCAUUUCAUAAGGACCCUGCCCAAGGUCUUUAGCUGAUAAGAGGGACUCUUUGGGUUUAGUAAGUUCACUUUCCCCCAGUAGUCAGAGUUCUCAAGACCCAUCCACACUUUGCAAUGGGUUUGUUUAAUUAAAGUAGUGAAUAAGUUAAAAUGACUAAUUCGUUUACAUUUAUUUCAUAGGUUCCCAGUACAAAAAUGCAGGGAGGGAUAAAAAGGCAAAACUUGGAACUCAGUGAAGUGAUGUUCUUUGGGGACAGAUCAGAUAGAUGUUAGAAGUGGCUCUGGGUGUCAUUUAGCCAAUGUCCAUUUACUUUUUCACAUUUGUUGUUAUCGUAGCCUUAGAAUUGAUGACCUGGUUUGGAAGAGAGGGUUUUAUUUAAUCCAUGAUGUCCCUGUGAGAACUGUCGUGAAGAUUUUGUAGGAAAGUACAGUAAUCUGUUGAUUCUUUCCUGUUAAAGUCGUGGUUUUAACAUCUCUGACUGUGUUUUAAGUUCAAGAGCUUGCCCUGUUUCUAGGGAACGGGUCAUGCCCAGACCAUGAGAGGGUUUCUGAAACCCUCGAGGUCACUGGUCCAGUCCAAACCUGCCCCAUUUAAGCAUCUCCUUUGUGUGUCUCUCCUCUCUGGAACUUCAUGUAGCAGCCUAACACUGGGGCCAACUUGCCUUUACUCUGUUUUCUAUGAUGAAUACUUGUGGAGAAACUGUGACAAACCCAUUGAUCCUAAUAUUUUUAUUGUUGAAGUCUUGUUGAUCCUCUAUGAAUAAUUUCUAUUUGAUUGUACUGUGUAGCAUUAACACCCACUAGGGAUAUGUUAAUAAAAACUAUAAAAGCAUAGUGUAAUAUAGGAUAGCAAGAUUUUUGUGAACAAUUUAUAUAGAAGAGUAAGUUGUUUUUUAAGUGUUAGGCACAUUUCUUUUAGGAACUUACAAUGUUACAAGAGUUUUUUAAACAUUCAAUAUUUUUAAUUAUAAGAAACAUUUGUUACUAGAGCCAAUUAUUUCAGGUGUUCUAAUUGGAGUAUUGAUUUUAUUACCUCAUAUACCUCUAGAAUGACACAUGUUCUGUUGGAGAUAAAAUUGCACAAUAAAUGUCAAGUCUCUGUUAAGUGUUUUAACUUGCUUUUUGCAUCUUUCUCCAGUUUAUUUAAGAGGCUUUUCUAUUUCUGUUAAAAACAAAAAACAAAAAAAAAAAAAC